AACAAAAGAAAACAAAAGCACUUUAUAGCAUAUAAGCUGUUUUAGUGCAAGGGAUAGCUCAAGAGCGCAAGAAAGAGAGUGAGAGAGAGAGAGUCACAACUUCUCUCCUUUGAAAUAGAGAGAGUUUAUUUUACUUUUCAAAACAAACUGAGUGAUAAAGAAAACAAAAAUAGGUCAAUUAUUGGAUAAAUCAAAAACACCCCACCAUCCCUCCACCAACACUCCUCCACCUACUUCCCCCAAGCCAAAACCUUUGCCACCUCUAAGAGUCACUAUCUCCCCCUCUCCCUCUCCCAUAGUGAAAAUACGAAAUGCUUCUCCAUUGUUAAGGCCAUUGGAUAAGAACGUCAUUACUAUGAAGGCCAACAACUCACCGUCAUCAUCGAAGCCAAUCAAUGCGAAGUCUCAACAUGAUGAUUCACCUGUUUGGCAUAGGCAAAGAGAAGACAACGCAGCGGCUAUCCUCACCACCACGCUCUCUGGCAUUAGCUUUACCUCAAUGUCUGGGGCUACAUUUCCUUGUCAAAAAUCUAUCAAUAAAAUAACUUUUCCCAUAAUUUGUGAACACGAAAUGAAAAGAAAUGUUGAAGAUGAUAAAACCAUGUUGCAGGCUAAUUUAUGGAGCCUUUUGAUAAGACGUGUGCAAAAUGAGCGAUUGGAAUAUGAAAAGAAACUCAAGGGGUUGAGAUCAAAGAAAAAUUGGCAAGAGUUUGGCUGUGAAAGAGAAGACAAAGUGUUGAUGGAAGAGAAUGUUAAAUUUCCUGUCAAACUUUAUUCAAUUAAAUGUGGGCCAAGGAAAUUCUUUCCCCUGGAAGGUAGCAGAGAUGGCCGUUUCAGAAAAUUUGCCACAACUUUAGAGAGCAAAACUUCAAAAUCUGAGCAUACAAAAUCUUAUGGCGAUUCAGAGAAACCCAAAUUUCCCUUGAGUUUACAAAAGAAUAAAAAUAAAUUUCCCUGUCUUCCUACAACAAUCGGUUGCGAGUCUUUUGUGAAACUGAAUUAUAAUACUACAUCUUAUGGAGCCUUUACAUUAUGGGAUUUGUUUGAAAGAUUGCAAUCCCUAAGGAAAGACCUAUUACAAGCACAAGUAACUACCGAUUUUGUUAGCUUUCCUUUGAAACCUGGGCAAUUGCAGCCAAAAUCAUCGCCUCAUAGUUUUCCCUUUUCGCCGGAAAAGUUAUGGUAUAUGGGUAACCCUGUACACUCAGAGAGAAAUGUGCGUAUACCUGAAAAAAAGCUUUGCCAUAAAGUUGUUAAAAGUUCUCAGGAAUCGAAAUUUAAAGCUGUGAUGGACAAUGAACAAAGAAAAAUGAUUCCAAAUCUUGAAGGCGAAGUCCUGAGUGAAAAUACCCCAAAAAUCAUUUUGGAUCCCAAGAAAAAUACUAUCAAUCAUAGAGAAAUACACUCGAGCAAAAGUAUUACUAUAUGCGUGGAGGAAUUUGAAAACAUUACCGAACCAGAAUCAGAAAUCAAAAUUGGUACUCAAUUAGCUGUGGACUUCUCCAAUAUGCCCAAAUUACAACCCAGAAGACAUGUAACCCCUCACAACGAGAAUUAUCAAAUGAAACUUAGAGUGGAGCACAAAUCCAAAUUUGAUCAAUUUUUGGGUUAUACUGACAACAGUCUUAAUGGCAAUGAAGACAUUUAUAUAAAUUCCUCACCCAAAUUACACUCGAGAAAAAAUGUACCAUUUUCGAUAGGGCAAAUAAAUAGUGAUAAUGAAGAAGAAGAAGUUACUGCAAAUUUUCAAGCAACUAUUAAAAGAUUAAAGAGCGCUAAAAAUAAAUCUAAAGUUCUACGAUUUCCUUUGAAAGUUGGAUCUAAAAAAGAUAAAUUUCCUGUGGACCAUCAAGGAGCUGUCUUCAGUCUUGCAAAAACUAAGCAAAAUUCCAGCAGUUUCGAUUUGUUACAAAUAAAACAUUUGGCAACCCUAUUAAAGCCUUCUAGGAAAACCCUAAAAGCUCCCGCAACUUUAUCAUUGAAAUACUUUCCUUUAGAAAAGCCAGUUUUAAAGAAAAUACCCAGACAACAUUUUCCUUGUCAUGAAGAAAAUUCUAUGAACGAUUGCUUGGAAAGGAAACACUCUAGGGCAAACAUUGCUGCAUAUGAAAAGGAAAAUUCUUCACAAAGCUUUGAGAAAGGAAAUAAUCCAGAGUUAAAAGCUCCAAGAAGCAUAGAACAGAAUUCCACAAAUAAUCACAAAUUUCCCCUUGUAUUAAGACCUGGCAAAAAUAAAUUUCCCUUCUGCCAUCAUGUAUUGCCAAGUUAUGGUAAAGUUAACCACAAACGUCUAAGACAACAAGCUGUGAAGCUUAAAGCUUUAGAGCUUAUUAUUAAAAGUUUUAAAAAAUCCGACAAAGCUAAAGAGUUUAUCAACUUAAACCGAUUUCCUUUAAAUACUACAAUGAUGCUGGAAAACCAACGAAAGCUUUUUCCCAAAGCUUUGGAAAAGCUCUAUCGGGAGCAAAAAGCUUCUUCAAAAGUUUAUUAUCCCAGAACUUCUAAGCGAAAAUCUAGCUGUUAUCAUGCUAUUCGAAAAGCCAAAGUCAGAAGUGAAAAAAGUGAACAAUUGCUAAAAGCUUUCAAAAAUACACCCAAAGAAAAAAGUUUGAAAUUGCUGUUGAAAUCUUUAAAGUUAAGAAAAUUUCUGAUUAAAAAUCAACAAAAAUAUCUAAAAUUUUAUUUAAAUGAAAUUAAGAAAAAUACACUCGAGAAAAAAUUUGUAAAAAAUAUAAGAAAUUUCAAAAAAUGUGACCUAAGGCAACUAAGAGACCAAAGCAAAGAAAUAGAAAAAAAUUCUUCACUAAAUAAGAAACUAAACAAAUUUCCUUUGUCUUUACCUAUUUCCAAAGACAAAUUCCCCUUGGAAAAUGCCCCCAAGCAAAUUUUCUUAAAUUUUAACAAUCAACAAAUAAGGCAGCUGUACCUAAAAAAUAAAAUCGAGCAAUCCUUACAAACGGUUUUACUCAAUUCGGGUUUAUUGAAAUUCACUGCAUCCAAGUUUACAAAAUUCCCCCUUAAAGAGCGUAUGAUAAGGAAAUUUUAUCGUAAAUUUCCUUGCCAAGCAGAUAUUUUCAUGGCCUACAGUGAUAGCAACAAACCAUCAGCUUCAAACCUCCAUACAUGUGGCAUUAAUUUGAAUGAAUGGAAAAACUUGGCAAAUUCUUUGAAUACCAAACAACAACAACAACCAAAUAUUGUAAACAUUUGCAAAACGGCGUCAAUAACAAGUUUGCCGGCCAUGACGCAAAAAAAUUUACAGCAACAGCAGCAGCAGCAGCAGUUGUUUCAAAUUUGCCAAAUACAAAAAAACGAUAAUACACCCCAUGCGUUAUUGUCUCAAGUUCAGUUUGUCCCACCACAAGUAUAUGUGAAGAAUUCCCAAGAGCAGCAAACAGGGCAGGCAAUAGCCAAAGAAGAUGACGGCUUUAGCCCCAUGCCAGUACCAGCAGCAGCAGCUAGGAGGGCUAAAAAUACUCUCAUCUCCUUAGAACUGCCACCUACAAAGGAAGUCGCACCACAUUUUGAGGAGAAUUGUGAGCGAAUAUCAGACAACAGUGCCGCCAUUAUUAAUAUUCGAGAUGAGCGUAUUGCCGACGGGGAUGAUGAUGAUGAUGAUGAUGAUGACUACAACAACGACAAUGUUAUGCUCUCUGCAAAUAUUAGAAAUUUUUUGGUUAAUCAUCGUUCAUACAACGAUGCCGAUGCCGAUGAGGAAGCAUUUGGUAUAUUACGCGCCUCAACACCCCCAAUGAGCUUAGGCGGCACAACAAGUGUUCAAAAUACCAAGAGAAUUAGAGCGGCAACACACCAAUACCACCAUCAUAGGCGGCAUGGCGAUCAUGAUCUUGAUGAUCUCUGCAAUCCGCAGGUUGCCCAUAUUGUGGAAUGCUCAGAUGUUCGUGAUACGUUCGCCAUAACGGUUGUCGGCGCUGAAAUCAGCGAAAAUCUUAAUAGCACGGGUAGUUCUUUAGUUAAAAACGAUAGCUCCUCAGCGUCCCCUUCCUAUAACGACGAACAUCGCCCACAAGCCACUUUGCCGUCGGCUACGGCUCCGCCUGCGUCGCCUUACAGUUUGCCGUCUUCGUGGACGUGUUCAACGUGGCCAUCUACCAGUUCGCCAUUAGUGACUGCCGCCAGCCUCCGCCGGGUUGAUCAUAAAUGCCUUACGUCAUUUGACACAACGCCUUGCGUGCCAAAAUCGUCCGUGCUCGAAUUGUAUGAAUCGUAUUGCAAUGCAAGCGCUCGUCCGGAAAUUGAUGGAAAUAAGACAGCAGGCAUAAGACCUCAAGAAAUACAAAGUGAAGAUAGUGCAAGGCUUGUGGCCUUAAAUGAAAGUUUAAACCCCCAGCCCCCAAGUGAAACCCAUGAAAAAAAAGAAUUAGCCAAAGAAACGAAAGCAUAUGAGAUUUUUAAAGAUUUCGCUCAAAUCGAUGAAAUGAAGUUUGAAAUGAAAAGUGGCAAAAAUAAAAGCGGUAGUGAUGGUAGCAUCGGUACCAACACCACCACAACAACAACCUCCUCCAGUUCGGCUCCCAGAAGUGGGACUAGCACGCGUUCCUUGGGAAAAUAUGAUAGUCCAAAAUCCUCCUAUUCCCCCUAUAACACAUAUUCCAAUAAAAACGCGGCGUUAGACUCCAAGUCCCCGGGGAAGACCGCAAGUGAACGUUUAACUCAAAGUGCCUUAAGUCGUCAGACCCCUACACGCAGGCUUUCCAAUGACAGCAAUGCUUCUUCAAAUUCUAUAGCCAGCCCGGCUACAGCUUUAACUAGAAAAUUCUCAAAUGACAGUUCCCGCUCUACUACAUCACAGCGUUCCUCCACGGAUAGCACAGGAUCCACAAAUUUGUUGGCGCCACGCUCAAGCACCUUGCUGAGGUCCUCUACAGAUAGUGUGGCAUCCAACAAAUCCAGUGCAGGCAGCUCCAGAUACUCCCAUGACAGUAGCAGCGGCAAUCGUUAUUCCAGUGAUUCCUCCAACGCCAAAGCCCCCAGCACUUCCAAUUCCUUAGAAAAAACAGCAACAGCAACAGCACCUCCCUUGAAAUACACCAGAACAGCAACUUCCGGAGCUUUGCUAUCUGUAGAUUUAGCUCGUUAUCAUCCCAAUUCAGGGGUAGAUUCCUCCUCAUCCUCAUCAUCCAUAAAUCGUGGCUAUUCCUUAGAGGCACCCACCGAGCGUAGCCGUUUGCGUCGCCAAAAAAAUACCCAAAGCUCUCAGGACGAAGAGGAGGACCCCGUAAAGCGUUUGGAACGUUUAAAGGCUCGCAUAACAGCUUCGCUCAGUGAAGUUAAGACUGUGCUGAAAACCUACAAAAGUACCGACACCGAGGGGGAGAGUGAUGGCGCCUACUCCAAGCAUUUGGCAGUGCCUAGGCUUUCGCAAUCACCCUCAUCUAGUGGCAAAGAGUCCGCCAAGGAAGAAAGUGAAGGCAAAAGUGAACCCAUAAACUUUAGAUUUGUCAAAAAAAUACGUAAACGUAGUUUCUAUGAUGACAGUGACGAGAAUAAAGGUCAAGAUGAAACGGAUCACAUAAAACCUCACAAAGAAUUGAGUCCUCUGAAAGAAACUCCCUCAAAUGGUCAGGAUGAGGUAGAUAAAAGUGGGCCGGUAAAAAUUAUAGAACCCCUUAAUAGGGAAACUGCCUCGAAACCAAUUUCCGGCAACUCAAGGGACUGCUCCAGAGAUACAAGUCCCAACUUAUUGAACACCAAGCCCACCAUUAAUAUAGUGGACUGUGGGAAAGAUGACUCCACCAUGUCAACAGUAUCUCGUGAGUCAUCACCUUUCUCCGAGAGUUUGGAUCAGAGCACACGAGACUCCUCAUCGCUAUAUGAGACCAUGAGUCAAAGCUCUCGAGAAGUAUCACCUCUAAUGGAAGAUAUCAACAUAAAGAGAAGGGUCUCGCGUGAAAUGUCACCAAAAUCCCCCAAUGAAAAUGAAAAAUUAAGUGAAGUGUCUAAAAGCCAUAAAGAAACUCAAAAGAUUGAUGGUAAAAGUGUGGAAAAAGUGCAAGAAAAUUUGAAAACCAAUCAAAAAACCAGUGAAAAUAAAUUAUCCCCACAAUCUAAGGAUGGUGGAAAGAAAAGUGAGGCUGGUGAACUUAAUUUGGAAAAUAAAAGCAAAAAUUUGAUUAAAAAAGACCAAGAAGAAUUGCGGUCCUCAUCGCCCCAGCUGGAGAAGCACACGGAAGAUGUUACUUCCAAAACUAACGAUAAACCAAUUUCGGAAAUAAAAUCAUCAAAAGGAGAUAGCAGUGAUUCUUCUUCCUCACAGAAAAACAACAAGUCCUUAAUCAAAACCAAGCCAGCCUCUUCAGCAUCCAGUGAUGAAGCUACUCCUAAACAACUUUCCCCUUCGCAAGAAAGGAAAAGUUCUGCAACGAAAACCAAAGACACAUUAUCGCAGAAAGCUACAUUAUCAACUGUAAAUGAAGUUUCUUUGGGCAAAAGUUCUUCGGAAACCAACAAAUCCUCAUCGUCAGAGUCUUUGAGAGCCUGUGAGCAACAAAAAUCUUCUGCAACUCCAAAAGUUUCAGAGUCACCAAAGGAUACUAAGACUAAGACUCAGAAAGCUUCGGAACCACCAAAAACUGUAGAGGCACCAAAAGCUUCUGUGCCAUCAAAAACUUCAGAGCUACCAAAAGCUACUGAGCCAUCAAAAGCUUCCGAAACACCAAAAGCUUCUGAACAAUCAAAAGCUUCCGAAACACCAAAAGCUUCCGAAACACCAAAAGCUUCCGAAACACCAAAAACUUCCGAAACACCAAAAGCUUCCGAAACACCAAAAGCUUCAGAAACACCAAAAGCUUCUGAGGCACCAAAAGCUUCUGAACAACCAAAAGCUUCCGAAACACCAAAAGCUUCUGAGGCACCAAAAGCUUCCGAAACACCAAAAGCUUCUGAACAACCAAAAGCUUCUCAACCACCAAAAUCUACUCUGCCACCCAAGGCUUCUGAGCAACCAUCAGCUGCUGAGCCACCAAAAGCUUCUCAGCCACCAAUAACUCCUGAAUCAGCAAAGACACAAAAAUCUUCCACUUCACCACCAAAAUCUCCCACUCCCCAAAGUGGCUCAAAAACACAAAAAUCUCCUGAACCUCAAACGGCGUCAGCACCACCUAAAUUCCCUACACCAAAUAAAUCUGCCGAGCAAAAAGGAGCCCUUCCGAAAACUAAAGCUGCUCAAAAACAAAAUUCGGCAGAAGCCUGCAAUAAAACUCAGGAGGAUAAGAAAUCUACAGCCCUCAAAACGUCCACUGAAACUGAAGCAGAAGACACCUUUAAUACCCAAAUUCUACCCAAGACGCAGAAGAAAAAAUCCACAUCCAAAGAAGCUGCCACCCCAACAUCACGUCGUUCAUCUUUGGCCGCUGUGGAAGGAUCAAAAAUCGAACCAGCUAUAAAAUUGGCCACCCCAGGUCUCAUACAAAGAAGACCCUCUGAUUCAGAGGCCAUUAUUAAAAAGAAACUAAUCACCACCAAAACUACAAUAUCCGGUGCGAUUGCGGAAGUGACGCCAAAACCAAAAAUUGUUAAAGUUAAACGGCCAGCCAAUAAAAAAGCCAUUGACGACAAUGACACCAAGACGCCAACAAAGAAUGAUGAAACGCAUCAAUUGGCAACAAAGCAAUCUGAAACUAUACAAAUCAAUGAGAAGACGAAGAGCCUUAAUCAAUCACAAAAUGAAGCUUCAUUAUCAACAGCAGCGUCAUCAUCAGGGGUGCCAGGGAAGCUAGAAGAGAUGAGUAAGGGCGAUACCAACAAGGAUGUAACAUUGCCAAAUGAUCGAAUGCCAAUGGCUGAUAAUGCUGCGAAAGCAACGUCAAAUGAUACCAUGGGCCAAAAAUCGGAUAGUGUAUUGCCAAUGCAACAACAGCAACAACAACAACAAUCCACAAAGAUUGAUGAGAUUGUAAAGUCACCCCCAUUAGAUGCCAGCAAGAGUAGGAGCAUUGUAGAUGUUACCACCUCCAACCAGGCGACAAAUGAUCGAACGACAGCUACAAAGAAUCUCGAAUCGCUUGAAUUCGAGAAUGUUGUUGGCAGCAUGUUGGCAGAGAAUGUAACAAAAGCGCUGGAGGCGGUAAUAGUGAAACCUGCAACAACAACAACAACCUCAGCUAGCUUGGAAAGUUCCAAAACGCCCCCAACAUUGGAGGCCAACAAAGAGCCAGAGCAACAGGUGGGCAAAACAACAGAUCUAAGUGUUGACAACUCAAAUGCCAAAGCUUUGGGGGCCUCGCCUAUAGCCAAAGAACCUUCUAUUUCUAUAGAUACGACUUCGAAAGCAACAGCCUUAGAUUCGGGCACAUCCACAUCCACACUAGCAGCAGCAACAGCAACAGCAACACCCCCACAAUUGCCUACAGCACCAGCCUCUAGCGCCACAGUGACCACCGCCAACACGUCAUCAUUGGCAGCAUCAGCAUCUGUUAUUGAGCACUCAACGUCAGCGGUUACAAAAUCACAACAGCAACAUACCCCAACGCUUGAAGGCGGUGACGAGGCUACUACAAAAGCCAAUAGCUCUCCACAAAUUUCCAUUAGUCAACCACCAGAGGCCAAAGAAGACACAACCGCAAAAGCGCCGCCAUCAGCAGGCACAACUGAAGCAUCUGCAGCUUCUUCAAGCAACGCCAAACUCAACAAGGAACCCCUAGUAGCUGCAGCCACAUUCGAGGAAAAACAAACUGAAAAUAUGCCGGAAUUAAAACAGGCACCGGCCCCGGUUCAAACCGCCGAAAUAAGUGCAGAGGCCAAGCCCAAGAAAGUAAUUGUCAUAAAGAAAAUCGUUAGACAGACAUCCACGGAUAAAAGUAAAAAGCCUCAGGAGGAAAAAAUCCAACCAAAGGAUGAACAAAAGGAAGCUAGUGAGGGCACAGUAGUGGUGGAAGACUCACAGGAUCACAAGCCAGAAACAGAAGGUGGCUCCUCGGAGGAUGCCCUUGCAGCCGAGGCCACCUCUGAAGAAUGUAGCAAAACUGAAGAAUUGAGUGAAGCAGACUUAGCCGAAGCUGCCGCCGCUGCUGCAGCUGCAGCCUUGCCUCCAAAACCCAAAAAAGAACGCAAAAUUAAAAAUAAGGUCAUAAUAAAACGUCAGAAGCGCAAGCUUUCCAUAGGUGAUACCUUCUUCCAUCCCAGCCAAGUCGAAGCCCCUAUACCUGAGGUGGAAACUCUGGAGAAGGCGGUCUCCUAUGUCACCGACGAGGAGGAAGAUCAGGACGAGCCCGAAGAAGUUGUCGUAGAAAAGAAGCCCCUCAAAUCCUGCAUUCACAAAAAAGAAUACAAUAUUGGUGAUGAGGUUAUGUAUGCCGAACGUUGGAGACGAAAUCAAAUACGCUGGAAGCGUGGUCGUGUCAAGGAGCAAAUCACCAGCAUAUCAUAUUUAAUCGAUAUCGAUGGCACCGAUGUUUCCUCGCACAUAAACUAUUUGAAAAAGUAUACCGGACGUAAGGUGAACUUUGGUGGCAAGGAGUACUUGGAAAUUGACUAUGAGCAAUUGGCCGAGGAGGAAGAAAGGGCGGAAAGAGUUCAGAGGCGUUCCUACAGCAUAUGGAAUAUGGUGUAAGUGAAAAGUGAAAGAAAGGAUAAUAAAAAUUAAAAAAAAAAAAAAAUUGAAAAAAAAAUCAAUAUGAGUAGUUGAAAUAAUUGUUAAAAACAAACGCCUCUUUUUGGGGGCUAUACCAUAAAUAUUUCGUGUGAGUGUUUGUGAAAACAUAUAAAAAGGUUUUGUUUGCUGUGUUAAAAAAAUAAAAAAAAAAUUUUUGUGGUAAAAAAAAAACUUUAUAAAAAAGGACUAAAACAUAAGCGAGUAUAACAGUUAACAAAUAUAUGAUUUGCGCAUUUUGCAAUCUAUGGUACAUGGAAAAAUAAAAACUAAAUCCAAAAACUUCAUAGUAUAAGCAAGUAUAACAGUUACCAAAAAGAACCAC